UAUUUUCCCUCACCGCGGGGAAAAAAUAGGGUUGCAGAUAUUUUCCCUCACCGCUCCCUUCUUCUCCCCUCUCGUCCUCCGAUCGGAUGUCUCCCGACGCCGACGCGGUCACGGCCUCCGCCGCCGGCGGGGGCGGUGGCGGAGAGGCUUCUGGCGCGUCGCCGUCGCCGUCCCAGUCCCGCGCCGCCGCUGGCCGGGGGGUGGUGCGGUGGGACCAGAUCCUCCCGCGCUGCUCCCUCCGGGUCCUCCUCGUCGAGCACGACGACUCCACGCGCCAGGUCGUCACCGCGCUCCUCCGCAAGUGCGGCUACCGCGUGGCGGCGGUGGCGGACGGGAUGAAGGCGUGGCAGGUCAUGCGUGAGCGCGCGUACGCUUUCGACCUCGUGCUCACGGAGGUCGCCAUGCCCACGCUCUCCGGCAUCCAGCUGCUCGCCAGGGUCGUCGCCGCUGAUGAGUGCAAGAACAUCCCCGUCAUCAUGAUGUCGUCCCAAGAUUCUAUCAGCACUGUGCUUAAGUGCAUGCAGAAGGGUGCGGUGGACUUCCUUGUGAAACCAGUGAGAAAGAAUGAGUUGCGUAACUUAUGGCAACAUGUAUGGAGGCGACAUGCAAUGAAUAGCCAAAUAAAUGCAUCGGAAAAUAAUGCAGCCAGCAAUCAUUUGAGUGCCAAUGCUGCUGAUUCGUCAAAGACAGGAGAAAACAGCGAUGAGGAAAGUGAUGGUCAUAGCUUUGGUAGCAAGAGGGAGACUGAAAUUCAGAGUGUUGAAAAAUUACCUGAGAUCCUUAAAGAUGAAGGGGCAGGCUCAUCCAGAAAAAAUAAAAUACAGAGCGAGUCUUAUGGUGGAGUAAACACAAAAGCGCAUGCCUCAAAAGGUAGUGAUGGUGCUUUAAGUGGAAGUGCAUGCAACAUUAGUAACUUGCAAGCGUUUUCAGCCGAGACAAAUGUGCGUUCCAAAUGCCUUAAUGGUACUACAUCUGCAAAGUUUGCUGAGCAAAUAAUGGAUAAUGCUUUAAGGAUUGCUGAUGCAAGUUCACGUCAUCCAAGCAAUCUUGGCAAAGAUUUGGCUAUGACCCAACCAACAACUGACAGAAAAUGCAAAUCUUCAGUGUUGGAAAGUAUUGCUGUCACGGAAAAUAACCUUGGUGAAAACUCAAAGGGUGCUGCAAGAGGCCAUGCUGAAUCUUGCCCCUCCCAAUUUCUGGAGAUCAACUUAGGAAAGCAACACUGUCUUAAUGGUUAUACAAACCAAGAGUUCAGGGAAAAAGAUAUCUUUAAUCACUCAAAUUCGUCUGCCUUUUCAAGAUAUGGUAAUAAAAGGAUAGAACCAUCAUCUCAGCAACAGUUGUUCCCUUCGCUCCGCAUAGCUCGUCAAGAACCUGUUUAUGGAAAGGACCCAGUUCUCCAACCCAAUGGGGUAUUGCCUUCCCAUGAACAUAAUACAGGCGAGAGUAGAAUGCAAGCUCAAAUUCCUUUGGACAGUAGCAUGGAUGGUGCUGCCAUCCUGUGUUCCAGUAGGGCAAGAGAAAAAGCUGGUACAAGCAGUUCCUCCCAUAGAAAGGACAGUUUGAGCCAUCCUUCAUAUGGGUUUAUACCUCUUCCAAUUCCUGUUGGUGCUGCGAUGCCCUACCAUUAUGGUGCAAUUCUGCAACCAUUAUACUACCCACAGGCUUCUCAUGUGCAUUGUGAUUCAGCUGGAAUCAACAAGGCAGCAAUUCAGCAUGCCUCUGGUAAAUUUAAUUACCAUGAAAAUCAUUGUAAACUAUCUCAGGUAGAUGAACACAAACAGUUGGACGAAAAUCAGCAGUUGCAUCAUUCAAGACAAAUUCUCCGAGAAUCAGGAGAACCAAUUCAUAUGGUGGGAUCUCAUGUGGAGCGUGUUAACCAGAGUGCUAGCUGCAGCAAGGAUAUCCGUAAAGGAAGUGGAUGCACUGGUAGUGGUGAAACUGACAUCAAUACAAAUACGGUAGUUGCCCUAGAAAGUGGCAAUGAAAGCGGUGUUCAGAACUGCAGUAAUAAUGGAUUGGAUAGUGAUCGAUCUCGCCGUGAAGCUGCCUUGAUAAAGUUCCGCAUGAAAAGGAAGGACAGAUGCUUUGAGAAAAAGGUUAGAUAUCAUAGCAGGAAGAAGCUCGCAGAGCAAAGACCAAGAGUUAAGGGGCAGUUUGUGAGCCAAAAGCUGAAAUCAACUACGACAACAGAUGCAGAAACUGACUCGUGACGGUGUUAAUUCAUAAUUGUAAUUUUGAUUCUUCCCUUCCCAGGCGAGGGCAACUGAUGUGGUAAGAGUGAAGGCUGGCAAAAGUUUUCCUUCCAUGGUUAGCCUCUUGUCGGUUGUUUGCUGGCGUUCAAGCCAUAUUUUGUAAAGUAGUACGUCACAUUGACAAAUGUUCAUGGGAAAAAAGGGAAAUGAACGCAAAUAUUCAGAUUUUCUUUAGUUACUUUGAUGUUUGGGGAGUGUACAGCUUAUUCACUCAUUUUGUUGCCACUACAAUAGUACUAAGUUGUAAUUACCACUACUAUACAAACUUAGAACAGCCUUGCAGUCAGC